ACACGCACACACGCACAGCGUGCGCGGGAGCUCUGGAAACGUCUGUAUCUGCGGAAGGCUGCAGAGCCCUGCGUGCAGCAGCCGUGCGGCGGCUCCGGCUCCCGACCGGCAGCGUUACGAAACGCGCGCCGCGGCUGAGGAUCUCGGCAGCGCGGCGCUGGGGCGGCUGCGACCCAGGCUGCUGGCGCAGGAGGCCAUGGAGCGCUGCCCCCCCGCCCGGCCCCGCGCGGCACCGGCGCCCUGAGCCCGGGACCCGGGGGGCCCGCGGAGCAGCGGCGGCGCGGCGGGAGGGGCCGGGAGGAGCCGGGAGGACGCGGCUCCGCCGGCAGCGGGAGCAGCAGCGGAUUAGCGGGAAGGGCAGAGGAGCAGGAUUUAGAGCUUUCCAGAUAGGCAUUACGGGUUUUGAUAAUAUUCCGCUGGCUCGUCUCGAACUUUGCCUGGAUACAACAGUUCAUCGGCCAUAAAAGAAAGCAUCGGCGGUGGGGCAGCUCGGCAGAGCACACGAUGGCACGGCGCCGGGGCCGGCCCGAGGCCGGCGGCUGAGCUGUGCCGGGCCGCCGCGCCGUGCUGUGCCGGGCUCCCUGUGCCCCGGCCGGCCGGGGACGAGGCCUCGGGUCGGGAGAAGCACCUGAGCGAUGGGCUGAACUCACGCGAGGAACCGGCGCUCGGCCAGGCGGGGAUUCGGCGGCCUGUCGGGAGGCGUGAAGGGCCCGGCUUCAGCAAGGGCAUGGCCAGAGCUUUCUUCAGGCUGCAGAAGUUUCUCCGUCGGACGCAGUUUCUGCUCUUCUUCCUCACCGCAGCGUACCUGAUGGCCGGCAGCCUCCUGCUGCUGCAGCGGACCCGCCUGGUUCUCCAGCAAGGCUCCCGCGGCACCGCCGCUAACCAGGCCGUGCCGGAGGCGGCGGGUCGGGCCGGGAUGGCGGACACCAGGAUGCCGCAGAGCGCCCACGCCACUGCCGCGCGGCAGGAGCCGGCCCUGGGCCCGCGGCACGGCCCGCGGUGGCUCAUGCACCGCAACUCGGAGCUCUGGCAGCUGAGAAGAAGGUGGUUCCACAGGUUCAUCAGCGAGCAGGAGCCCAUGCACGCGGCGGGACUGAAAGCGACGGGGCGCACGGCUGAACACAAAGGCACCUACAUGGGAUGCUUCAGCGACGAGUCCAGGGAGAGGACACUGAAGGGAGCUGUGUUUUAUGACUUAAGAAAAAUGACAGUAUCUCACUGUCAGGAAGCUUGUGCUGAGAGGGCGUACAGCUACGCGGGGCUGGCGUACGGAGCAGAGUGCUACUGCGGGAACACGCUCCCGGCCGCCGCCGCCGCGCCCGAGGACUGCAACAGCGAGUGCAAGGGCGAGAAGGGCUCCGUGUGCGGGGGCGUGAACCGGCUCUCCGUCUACAGGGUGGAGGAGCUGCGGGCAGGCGCCCGGCGAGGGAGGAAUGUUAUCUAUCGAGGAUGUUUUAGAGCUCCAGAAAAUUUAACAGACACCUUUCCAGCCUCUUUGAUACAACCCAAUUUGACGGUGGAGACGUGCUCUGAAUUUUGCUCCAAGAAAGAGUUCCCCUUGGCCGUCGUCCGCGGGCGCGAGUGCCACUGCGGCUUCCCCACGGCGCGCUUCCCGCUGCGGGACGGCGCGGACGGGCGGCUCUGCCGCGGCGCCGGGACGCACUGCCGCGUGUACCAGACACCGGUGCAAGACACCCGCUGCACGGACAGGAAAUUCUUAACCACCAAAUCCAAAGUGUUUGUUGCUUUGUCGAGCUUUCCGGGGGCUGGGAACACGUGGGCUCGCCAUCUGAUCGAGCACGCCACCGGCAUCUACACGGGGAGCUAUUACUUCGACGGAGCCCUCUACAACAAAGGUUUUAAAGGAGAAAAAGACCACUGGAGAAGUAGAAGGACCAUCUGCGUGAAAACACAUGAAAGCGGCAAGACAGAAAUUGAGAUGUUUGACUCUGCGAUCCUGUUGAUAAGGAACCCAUACAAGUCACUGAUGGCAGAGUUCAACAGAAAAUACGCCGGGCACCUGGGUUAUGCCACCGACCGCAACUGGCAGAGCAAAGAGUGGCCGGAUUUCGUGAACAGCUAUGCGUCCUGGUGGGCCUCCCACGUCCUGGACUGGCUGAAGUACGGGAAGCGCCUGCUCGUCGUGCACUACGAGGACCUGAAGCAAAGCCUUAUCCCCAAGCUGAAGGAAAUGGUGGAGUUCCUGAACGUGACAGUGACAGAGGACAGACUGCUCUGCGUCGAGAACAACAGGGAUGGGAAUUUCAAGCGAUCUGGUGCUAAGCAAAAGGAUUUUGAGCCAUUCACCCAGGAAAUGAAAGAUCUUAUCAACAGAUAUAUCCUGACAGUGGAUGAAGCCCUGAGGGGAAGAAACUUCACAGGGCUGCCCAGCGAGUACGUGCCAAGAUGACAGCCUGGUAGCACUCUGUGUUUAAAAUAAAAGACCUUUUUUCUUAAAAAAAACAACAAAAAAGAGACCAGAUCUUUAUAGCGGUUAAAGCAAAGAUACCUGUGGAGUCUGCUGAGCAGUGAAAUCCCCUCUACUCUUGGGUGUCCUUCAGGGCACUAAGUGCUCCAGAAGGCGAGCAGUGAAGGAUGGAAAUCAGGUUAUAAACCAAGGCAAAAAGCUAUUAGUGUCCACCUGCGUGUGCCCCUCUGCACCCACGGCUCAGAGCUUCCCAGCAGAGCAGCCCUGCAGCGGGCGCUCCCCUCCACCGGCUGCCGUCGCAGACCCGCCGGCCUGCCCGGUUCACCAGCGACCGCGCUCAAAACGGACGGAUGUGAAGGAGGGGGGGAAAAAAUUCUUAAUGCUGAUCAACAAUUUUCAACUGAUCAUUUAAGAAAAAUCUCAGUAUUGCCCACGAGCUUCCUUCUCCUGGGUUUGCUGGUCAGGUCACCUGCCACAGCGGUGCAGGGGGAGAAGAGCGGCAGCGGGCGAAGGGGCCUGGGGCGCUGGGCACAGAUGCUGCAGGAGUGACCCCAGGGCUCCCCGCGGAGCAGCACGGCCUGGGGCCACGGGAGCCCUGCGGGUGGGCGGCUGCAGAUCCCCCCGCCGGGGUGGAAACCCCUGGGUGUCACCAGCCCCAGACAGACCCACGCCUGGCCCCGAGGGCACAGAGGGGACCCAGAGGGCUGGGGGAGGGCGGGCAGCCAGCCAGGCCAGCAGCACAGCUUUCUGUGCCUGGACAGUCACCGUGCGUGCGGGUGGACACCGGGGCCAAAUGUCACCGCACCUGGUGCACCCGGUGGCAGCAGCGGCCAGGCCGGGCAGCACUGAGCAGCCAGGGAACGGGACGAGCCCCAGCCCUGCCGGGACCCCACCGGGACCCCACCCGCCCUCCCGCAGCUCUUGCUGCUCUCGGAGCCGUCCCAGCAGCGACGUGCGGUUUGUCUCUAACUCACCGCAGUGCCCUGCGCUCCGCUCCUCCCGUGCUGUGGGACCUGCCGGUUCCGUGGUCCUGCCAGAGCCGCUCAGCGAUGGUGCGGCCGCACAGCCCUGCUGUGGGAUGCCUCUGCUCACGUGACAUAAAGGAUUUCUUAAAACCUUGAGUGAAAAAAUACUUUUAAUAAAAUAAGCAAUUUACAUAAAGAGA